UCAUUUUUCAUUUCAUGCUAACCAAACACAUAAAGAGAUUUAAAAAAUUUCUCUUUCUUACAUUUUCUACCAUUCUCCGCUAAACAAAUGAACCCAUAGAAGAGUGCAUCAAACGAACAAUUUAAUUAAAAAGAAACUAUAACAACGCAUUUUCGUCCACAAACUCUGUGAGCUGUUAAUUUUUGAUACGACACAAAUCGAACACGAAUUUAAUGGAUCAAAUACGAAAUUAAAUGGGUUAAUGAAUCAAAACGGGUUAACACGUUUAAACAACAAAAAAAAUAUGUUGAAUUCAUGUCGAAAUCUUGUCAAUCUAAUUUUGACCCCAUUAACACGUAUAUUUUAAACAAGUUGAUAUAAUUUGACCCGAAGCCGAAUUCACUCAUUCAUUAUCAGUUUAAGCCAUUUAUCCAAAUAUAUAAAUGCCAAAAAAAAAAACACAACCCUAACCUCCUUGCCUUUUCCACUUUUUCAAUAACACCUGCCGAUGGUCUGGAGGAGGAGGGGAUGGUUCACUGUUCAGCUGAAAAGGUUCAAGCCCUUGUCGUUCAGGCCUUCAUUGUUCAAGCCUUCUUCGUUCAAGCCCUCGUCAUUGCUCAACCGAAAAGCUGCCUGCUGCUGUGCUUCGAAAACUGGUUUUGGAUCAGAGAUGUUUACCAGUUUUGAGAGCAAAAGAUGUUUUGGUUUUUGAUGAUCAUGGAUGAAUUGGGGGGUGUAGGAAUCCUACAGUAGGAGGCUGUUGGCCUUGCUGGAGCAGAUCUAGAGCUAGAAUGAUUGUGCAGGCAUUGAAAGUUGCUGUUUUUAGUGCCGAUUGAAGAAAAUUUUGGUUUUUUUUUUUAUAUGUUUUGAAGGGUUAAAGCCAUUUAAUUGGAAAUUAAUGUUAG